AUGGACAUCAAAGAGGCAUGGCCAAAUGACCACGAAUCCAAGUCGGGAAAGAAAAUCGAGUUGGCUAUUGCAUCAUCAAAAAGAGAGAGGAUCGAUAUGAUUCUAAAAGCUAAUCAUGGGCUUGGAGCCGACUAUGAGCUUGGGGGAUGUCAAAUGUGA